CCCUGAGAGCUGCUGAGGUCCUGGGUAAGGAUGACCCCAGAGGAGGAAGGUUCCCAGGCAGGGCCCCCGGAGCGGGUGUGUAUCCGGGUGGAGGAGCAGUCAUUCUCGGUGGAGAAGACCUUGCUGGUGGAGAGCAGUGAGUACUUCCGUGCCCUCUUCCGCUCGGGCAUGAGGGAGAGCACGCAGGAGGAGAUUGGGCUGGGGGAGCUGAGUGCAGCUGGGUUCCUUGCCAUGCUGCGGGUGCUGGCAGGCGAGAGGCCCAUCCUUGGCAGCGAGGAGACCUUCCAGGCAGUGGAAUGUGCUGCCUUCCUGCAGGUGAAGUCCUUGGCCAAGUACUUGAUCCACUCCAUCAACUCUGACAACUGCAUCCUGCUGUACCAAGCUGCUGCCAUAUUCGGCCUCCUGGAUCUCUUCCACUGUGCUGCACUCUACAUCAGGGACAGCUACGCUGAGCUGGAGGAGUACCUGGACUGCCUCUCUGAUGACCUACUGGCCUAUGUGGAAGCCCUCCUACCCAGCACCUUUGUGGCAGUGGGAGCCCACACACCCACCUUUGAGUUCUUGGAGGACCUCUCCAGGACCAUUUGCUACCUGGAUGAGGACACCAACACAUGGAGGACCCUCUCCUGCCUUCCGCUGAGCGCCAGCACAUUCCUAGCCGGCAUGGCAACCAUGGAUAAUAAGAUCUACAUCGUGGGUGGUGUCUACGGAGCCAACAAGCAGGUGGUAGAGAGCAGUUUCUGCUACGAUGCUGAUGCCAACGCCUGGAGUGAGUUCCCCAGCCCUCACCAGCUGCGCUAUGAUGUCAGGCUGGUGGGCCACGAGGGCUACCUCUAUGCUAUCGGUGGCGAGUACGAGAAGAUCUCGCUCAAGUCCGUGGAGAGGUACGACCUGGCCUCCAGCACCUGGACGUUUGUCUCUGACCUGCCACAACCAAGCACGGCAGCACCCUGUGCCCAAGCCUUGGGGCAGAUCUUCGUUUGCUUGUGGCAGCCACUGGACACCACUGUCAUCUACGAGUACGAGACCCAGCAAGACGCGUGGCUUCCCAUCACCGAGCUCAAGCGUCACCAGAGCUAUGGGCACUGCAUGGUGGCCCACCGUGACAACCUCUACGUCAUGCGCAAUGGCCCCUACGACGACUUCUUGCGUUGUGUCAUCGACUGCUUCAACCUGACAUCUCGGCAGUGGAGUGCCCUGCCCGGGCAGUUCAUGAACAGCAAGGGAGCCCUCUUCACUGCUGUUGUCAGGGGUGACACCAUCUACACCGUCAACAAGAUGCUGACGCUCCUCUACUCUGUGGAAGAGGAGACCUGGAAGCAGAAGAAGGAGCGGGCAGGUUUCCCACGCAGUGGCUCCCUGCAGACCUUCCUCCUGCGGCUGCCAAGACGUGACCACGACAUCGCGACGUAGCUGGUCCCCCAUCCCAUGUCAGGGUGCUCUCCUUGCACAUGGCCUUAGCUCUGCACUCACUGCUCCCCUGGGCUCCUCUCCUCCUUCACAGAGCUGUGCUCAGGUCCAGGGAUGCAUCAUGUUGGACCUUUGAAGUGACAGUAGACCCUGCCAGAGGGAAAGGGCAGCUGCUGUCUGCCUCUUCCUGCCCUGCAUGGGCACAAAGUCCUGUCAGCCAUGAGCUCACAAGCCAGAUGUGUGCAGGACAUUGUGGCUUCUGCAGAGGACAGAUACCACAAAGAAGCAAACAUGGGAUUUAUUUAUUCUGACUGCACUCUGAGGGUGUGCAGCAUUCCACCUCCUCUCUUCCUUGACGGGAAAUUGUUCAUUACAUGCCAGAAUUAAAAGGAAAGCUAUAGAAAAGCUA